UUUUUUUUCCCCCUAUGACUUCUUCUGGAAAUUUGGAUUUGUGAAGAUGUUUCUUCUACUGAAUCCAGACUCUUUCUAAAGAUAUGCCUCCUGUAGCCAUCUCUCUCUGGCAAUCUACAGUUUUCCCAGCCUGAAGUCCCUAGAAAACCAAACCAUGUGAUCCUUUGUGGUUAGCCAAGCCACACCCACUCCUUUUUUUAUGAUCUGUAAUUGUGACCUGUCUCUUUUUUUCACUUAGAAUUUUGUUUCCUUCUUAGUCUUGGUAGCGGGUCAAAGUGCCAAUUAUUGAGUAGUUAUCCAAGGUUGCAAGAGUUUUGCAUAAUGGUAACACCUUAGGCAGUUUCAUGUAGUUAAACAUUGAAAUGCAUUAUUGUUAUAAGUUAUUGUCAUUCUGAAAUACUACAAUUAUUGUGUGGUUACUUUACACAAGAAGAAACAUCUACACAAUAUCUGAGGUCUCUGAGGUGUAAAAGAAUGAGUUCAGGCAGCAUAAAGCUUAAUUAUUGUCUUUAAUAAGAAAAUCAAAAGGGAAUUAAAUAAUUUGAAGACUAUCUUCUUUCCCCUUUUAUCAUAUACUAGGUUAUGAUAUUAUGUGAACAAUAGAAAGAGAUUAUUUUUCUACCCAUCAGAUUAUAUGAUGUUUUCUAGCUUUUCUUUUAAAAAAUGUUUCAUUUUAUGCUAAGUUUUAAAAUCUUCUGGUUCAAAUUUUGAAGAUGAAACUAUGCACAAGUUCUAUUAGAUCUGUGGAAAAGAUCAAAUAAAUGGAAGAAACAGGCAAAACUUCUAAUCCUUAUUGAUUUGUGGAUCCCAGAAGCUUACCAGAGGGGUUUGUACCAGUGUGUAGCAAACUUUAACUUGAGACUUACUUUUCAUACUUACUGAUAUAUUGCGCAAUAUUUUUCAACAUUUUGUUCAAGAACCUAGUUAAUGCUAUCUUCAAGACUAAAUAGGAGAUUAAGGAAAGCCAUACAACUAUACAAGUUGCCUAUUUCAAAAUUUUAUCAUACUUUCUCUGAGCAGCCUUGCUGAAUUUUUCAGUCUGCACUUGUCAGCUCAAAAAGUUUCUGCAAAAUCAAGGUUAUUGAUUGGAAUCAAUGUAUGUUAUAAUCCUGAAAUAUAAAGAUUUAACGCUAUCUGUGGGCUUCUUAAGAACUGAAUUAAGCUUCAAGAAACUGAGAGUUACAGGCAUGGACACUCAUUUCAGUUCAUUUUCUAAUGAGCUCAUUUUAUGUGUGUGGGGGUUAAUAAAAGAAAAUGUGGCAAAUACAAUCUUGCAUGAUUCACUCUUGAAAAAUAUGUAGAUGACAAUUGGUCUUUUUUUCUGCAGUGGAUUGUAAUAACUUCAGCUUCCAACAGGAAACACAGGAGCAGUUUUACAGGGCAUCAGUGAAACUGCAGCAUUUUCUUUCCUUACCUUCCUGAGCAGCCACCUCUUGACUUCUCUGUGCAGUUCCAUGCAACAUUUCUGCUCCAGUGUGCUGCAUGUGCAGAUACUUCAGCAAGACUUGGAAGUAGAGCAGCUAUCAGAGGCCAAGGACCAUGCCUGUGUGGUUCUGUUAUCUGUUUAGGUUUUUUGGGCAGAGAAGUGGAAACAGAAAAAUUUGGUAAGCAUCAUUUCCAGCAGCAUGGUUCUGUGAAUCUUACAGUGGAAGAGUUAAAGUGACAAAAAAAAGAGGGAAGCAAUUUGAAAUGCAUAACUUUUAUGUUUUUUUCAGCCGAUUCUGACAGUUUCAUAUGUAUAUAAAAAAUUGCAGUGUUACUGAGUUAUACUAUUGAGCAGUUAUUUAUCCACCCAUUUUUUCAGAUGUAGCUGGUAGUUGAGACUUUAAAAUGAGUUACUUGAUGAAACAAUCUAACUUCACUUGCUGCUUGUGUGCAUUGGAAUUUCAUUUCUUUAUUUGUUUUAUUGCUUCCCAAUUCAUCCACCUGGUCCUGUCUGGUUAAAAGGAAGUUAGUGCUGUUCUAUUUCUUAUUUUUGCAUAGAAUCACUUGUUAAGUUUGCAAGUUUUGCAACAGUUAAAGACCCCUGAAAGCUCUUGAUGUUCUCAUGCCCAUCAGUGAGGGUAUGAUUUAUACACUUAAAAUUACCAGAAUUAAGAUGAGUUGAGCCAUGAAGUUGCCUAUUAAUAACAGUGAUUAUGAUGCAACUUAAGAAAAGAAAACAAAAAGAAAGACCAGGGCUUCAUGUGAGAGAAAUCUGUGUCCAGCUGAAUAAGUCUGGACCCACCAAGAGCAUUAGACUGAGCGUGAGCCUUUGAACACUGGGCAGUGUGUUUUCUUGCUGCUAGGUGAGAGCAGUGGAAAAACUGAACUAUACUGAGGCAAAGUAGUUUCACAAAAGCUUGGGCUGAAGUUCACAAGGAGAGAAAAAGCAAGGAAGCUGUUCCAAUACUGUGUAUUUUUAUCUUUUCAGUACAUGUGAGCAGUAGCUGUUUACAUAAAUCUUGCUUGAUCUCCUCUGAUACAAAUACCAUUGCAAGAGCUGCAUCUCCACUUAAGAUGACAGGUAUUAAGUUUGAUUGUUUUGAGCAGAUGAGGAAAUCUGUUUUUGUAAGGAAGGCUUCAGGCCACAGGAGUGGGAAGCAAAGAAGAUCAUUUUUAGGAAGGUGUGAAGCAAAUGAUGAAUGUGCAUACUGGGGGUGGAAAGGGUUCCUGGCACACCCUUGUCCAGAGUGUGUGUCAUCUGCUCUGACAAAAAAACAGGGCUCGUUUUUUGUCUGUUGCAGGAACAGAUGUCUUGAAAACACAGCCCAAUGUUCUUGCUGCCUGGCCUCAAGCUAAACAGCACAGGUAUUGCUAAGCUGGUUUUGGGAUUUUUUUGUGGGUUUGUUCUUGUUGUUAUUUCCCCACCCUCGCCUCUCAGUGGAGACACUAAUUUGGAUUUCUCAGCUGUCCCAUCCUCCCCUGCACUCCCUGAUCUUUCAAGAGCUUCCUAACAGGAGCUGUUAAUUGGUUGGAGGCACCAGAAUUUCUCUGGGGAAGGAGAGUUACUCUGACACUGUGAGAGGGAGAAUGUAGCUUACAGCACAGCUGGAGUGAACAAAGACUGGGAAAUGUGAGCAAAUGAAAUUCCCAUUCUGUGUUUCUGUUCAGUUCAGAAAAAGAGAACUUUGCUAACAUGCAUUAUAAAUAAAGUGUGUAGGUUUUUGCCUCCUGCUGUCAUCUGUUUUGUUGGGACUUGAAGAUUGAUGAGCUUUUUAGGUUGCAUAGACAAAGUACUGGAAUUGGACUUGAACUUCAGAUUCUGUUUCUAGAUUUGUUCAUAGCUUAUCUGUGACUCUCAUGAUCUUGCUUUAUCUCUCUGGGCCUAAUCAACCCUGAUGUUUACUUUUUGAAAGAGCUUGAAGGUUGACUAAUGAAAGUCAAGUUGUAGAUGGCAGGUGUGACUAUUUCUGUGCUGUUCUUUCCCUGUAUUUUAUUUCUACUCCUCUGCUCUGCUCCCUUCAUUAGAAAAGAGGGUUUUCUGAACUGUCUAAACAUCUUCCAUCUCUGCCAAGGAGCUCUUGUGACAGUAUUUGUCAGAUAAUAAUGAGUAAGGCUUGCAUGGAGAGGUGCUGUUCACGUAUAAUGAAGAUAUUGGAACUAGGAAAACUGAUUUUCCCCAAAACAACUUGCAGAAAGCUUCUCUAAACACCUGCCUCUACCUGCUUGAUCUCACAAUUACUUUAUUUGUAUUUUAGUCCUUAAUCUGUGCACAUAAGUCCUGCAAGUCACACACGUUGAUGGAGUUCAUUUAAAUUCUAUCACUCUGCAUUACAAUGAAUUGUAGCAUCCAUCACUUUCUCUUCCUGCUAGUAAUAUAUAGUCAUCCCAGUCAUCUCAAAAUAAAACCAGUUGGUAUAUCUAACCUUAUAGAGAUUUACCAACUUUUUGGCAUCACUGGCAUGCAGUGAGAACAGAACUAGAAAAAGCAUGAGCUCUAGCUAUUAGGAAGAAAAGUGACUGCUGUAAACAUUCCUCUUUUUGUUUUCCCAUUGCUUUCAUUGUUGUUUGUUCUGUUUGGGCUGUUUGGUUGGACAGUUUUGCCUGUUUUGGUGUUUUAAUGCAAGGCUGUUUAGGUGAAAGCAAUGCAGACCUUACACCAGUGCUGUGGUGCUCUAUGUCCUGAUGGUGUGGGAGCUACCAAGGCCUGGUGCCCUUUCAGUCUCCCUGGUUUGUGAAGUGCUGUGUAAUCUUGGCAGUGUUCUGCAGUCAGCUGCAGAAGAGCUGAACAGAGACAAGAAUUUCAUAAAUUAACCAUAGCACAUACCAUUUUCUCACUGAAGUGUCAAAAAGAAGUAAUUAAUGUUGUACAGACAGUUUUACUUCUGGCAUUUCCUAAUGUUUGAGUAUUUGCAGCCUCAGCAUUCUUUUUGACAGUUUUCCAGAGCAGUAUCUAUUAGCCCAGAUGCUGCACUUGGAAUGUCAGAAGCUGUGGACAGAACAGAAGAUUUGAGCUUUGUUCAGAUGAAUUUGCCAGGGACAGGGGUUUAGAGACAGCGUAGGACCAACCCUUUCUUUCCUGGAGGACAGUAUGGUUAUUGCAAAUAUAUUUGAUAUAUAUUGCAACUGAUUCCUGAGCACUGGAAGAAAUUUCUGGAAUCCAGCUCAGAUGAGUUACUGUGUAAGGAAGGAUUUUUAUCUCCAGGGAAGUGUUCUUGCCCUUGUUAACAGUGGUUGAGAUAGGUGCCUUGAAUACUACUGAAGAACUUAGAUGAGUUGAAUAAAAUGUGAAAAGAGCUUUAAAAAUAUGCCUGAUGUCCUUUUUGCCAGCUGGCAAGUGACAUCAGUGGCUUAUGCAAGGGGAGUUGUGAGGAUGAGUUGAGUUUUUUAAGACAGCAAAUCUUGAGACAGAAUGACAGCCUGCCGGGACAUUUCUGCUGUGAGAGGAGCAGCAGCCUCAGAGAAAGCACAGGAAAGACAGCAGGUGUGGGGUGGAACCAACAAUUAAGUUCCCAAGUCUGCCUGUCCACCCACUGUACUACAAGGCUGCUGGCUGCCUCCUUUUACCUCUGCCCCAAGAGUUCUACCUGAUGAGUGUUCCUGCUCUCAUCUGACAGCUGCAGCUUUGUACCGGAGUUCUUGGCAUGUAUGUAUGUAGUCAGUAUUUUGAGUGACACAUUCUGUCAAACUGAUUGCUCAAAGGGAUGUUUCUGGCUGAGGUUCCACCUUCUCUGACCCAGCCUCUGCUGGAUCUUAAAAUAGUAGUAUCAAUUAGCAUAUUGCAACAUAGUGAUGUAUUAAAUAACACUCAAAAAUGGAAAUAAUCCUCAUUUUCUUGGAUCACGAAGAGUGGUAGGAAAAAAGGGAGGUGAAAAUUCAGAGAUCUUCAAAGUGACAGGGAAGAGUUAAGAAGAACAAUUUCAACAGACAGAUUUGUAGCAAUUUUAUAAUACGAGUUUGGAAGUGUGAAAUGAUGAUAAGUGUAAUUCUUAUAUCCCUGGUUUUGUUUCUUCUGAGUGCACAGUUCCUGAAUUUGCAAUGGAAGAGUCGUGGAUUUCCUCCUGGACCAACUCCAUUUCCCAUCAUUGGAAGCAUCUGGUGGAUAAACUUUAGAGCUGAUCAUGGGAGCCUGAAAAAGCUGGCAAAAACCUAUGGCAACAUCUGCACCCUGUGGAUGGGUCACAGACCUGUGGUGGUGCUCUAUGGGUUCCAAGCCGUGAAGAACGGUCUCACCAACAACUCGGAGGAUGUUUCGGGGCGACUGCAGACCGUCAUUUUCAAGAAAAUGUCAGAUGGAAAGGGUAUCUUGGUCUCAAAUGGUCUCAUCUGGAAACAACAGAGACAUUUUGGAAUUGGAACUCUCCGAAAACUGGGAAUGGGGAAUAAAGGAAUGGAGCGUGGGAUACAAACUGAGGCCCGUUACCUGGUGGAGUUCUUCAGAGACAAGGAGGGAGAAGCUGUGGACCCUUCCUUCCCCAUUGUCCAUGCUGUCUCCAAUGUGAUUUGUGCUGUGGUUUUUGGACACCGUUUCUCCCUAGAAGAUAAAACUUUCCGCCAGCUGAUUGAAGCCUUCAAUCAUAUAGUGGCUUUUGGGAACAGCUACUUUUAUUAUAUAAGUGAAGUGUUCCCGUGGUUUGUAGAGCACCUCCCAGGACCUUUACGGACAGCAACAAUUUCCCGGGAUUUUGUUCAUUCCUUUGUAAGGCAGGAAAUCAAAAGCCACAGGGAAAAAGGCAGAACAGAUGAACCAGAAGAUUUCAUUGACUUUUACCUGAAGCAGAUAGAGAAAACUAAAAAUGUCCCCAAUUCUACGUUUGAUGAAGACAACAUGGUGCAGUCUGUUUUUGACCUUUUCCUGGGUGGCUCAGAGACCACAGCCACCACUCUGCGCUGGGCUCUGCUCUAUAUGUUGGUUUACCCUGACAUCCAAGACAAAGUCCAGAGAGAACUGGAUGCUGUUCUGAGUCCUUCCCAUCUCAUCUGCUACGAGGAUCGGAAGAAGCUGCCCUACACAAAUGCUGUGAUUCAUGAGAUUCUCCGCUUCAGCAGCAUUGUGUUGAUCACACUUCCCAGAGAAGCUGUGAAGGAUACCACUCUUUUGGGGUAUCAUGUUCCAAAGGGCACUCUAAUCAUGGCAAAUGUAGACUCGGCUCUUUUUGACCCUGCCUAUUGGGAAACGCCUCACCAGUUCAACCCUGGCCAUUUCUUGGACAAGGGCGGAAAUUUUGUGACCCGAGAGGCCUUCUUAGCCUUCUCAGCAGGUCACCGUGUUUGUCUGGGAGAGACAAUAGCCAAGAUGGAGCUUUUCAUCAUGUUCUGCAGCCUGUUGCAGAAAUUCAAGUUCACUGUACCAGAAGGAGUUAAGGAAAUCAACACAGACAUUAUCUUUGGGAGCACCAUGAAACCCCAUCCAUACAAGCUCUGUGCAGUUCUGCGCUAGGUUGCUCAGCAUUGGAGAUUUAAGGGGCACAGGUUUGGUAGUGUGCUAGGAUUUGUGCAGCUUUGUGGUUCUCAUUUUUAGCUCAAAUUCAGUGCAAAUCUCUCCUUGUUGUAUGUCUUAGAAGCGAGCCCUGAAAAAUAUUCUGGUUUUCCUGUGUCUGGAAAGCAUCUGUAUUUCUUUUUUUUUUCCGCUGUGUUACAAAUGAAAUAAAUGUAGACAAUUA